ACUCUUGUCUCCACCAACCGUAUCACUGCAGCGGGUAUGGUCAUCCAUUUUGAAGGAAAGUUGUGCAAGAUCCUGUCCAUGGGACCUAAGUGCAGAAUCAUAGCCAAAAUUCCCCAAGUGGAAGGACUGUACACAGUCCUUGUAUGUCAUCAGCUUCACUAUGCCAAUCUUGCUAAAGCAAAACUCACUGUCUUCGAGCUACACAAGGUCCUGGGUCAUGUGUCCCAGACUGCCAUUGUGGAAGUCAUGAGAAAGGCCCUAAUUAAAGGUGUCGAGCUCGACUCCACCUCGCAGCCUGAGUUUUGUGAAGCCUGCAUCAAGGUGAAGGCUACACAUCAUCCUCUUCCCAAAGAGACAGAAAUGAGAGCUGAACGAUAUGGUGAGCGAGUGCAUACAGACCUGUGGGGCCCCUCCCAAACUGUGAGCCUAGGCGGGUGCACUUACUAUAUGAGUUUCACAGAUGAUUAUACC